GGGCCAUUAAGGCCAGUAGAACAGGGGUUAGUUUAGUCUUGACCUUCAGGCCUGGUCUCAGUCCCUGGAUAUGUCAAGUUUCCUAAAGGUUCUCAAGGAGUAUGGGGGCUUCAUGCUGGGAGGGCUCCUUCUCCUGCUUGUCAUCAUUCUGUCUGUCUGCCUGCGCCGGAUCCAUCAGAGAGUGAAGAGACUGGAAAGGAAUAAGGCGCAGACCCUAGGGCAGGAGCUCCACUAUGCAUCUCUGCAGAAGCUGCCAGUGUCCAGCAGUGAUGUCACAGACAGAGAGGACGGCGAAGGCAUGAAGGAGGACCUCAGCACUGACUAUGCCUGCAUCGCCAAGAACAAACCCACCUGAGCACCCCCAAAUGCUCCCCUCUACCUGGGCGGGUGGUCAAAAAUGCCCUGGAGUCACCUAGUAAAGACUGCUUCCCCA